AUGACAGUUCCGCUGUCUCCGAUCCUGCGAUCCGCCGUCUGGGUGGUCGCAGCUCCUCUGGGUCUUUACUUCACAUUUUUGGCCCUCGGCGCAACACCAUUUUUUCAACGACAUUUUCUGUACGCGCACAAGAUAAACACACUAUGGUGGCGCGGCGUCAAUGAACCUGAGCGGUUUGGCUUUGCUAAGGGCCAAGUCACACCCUUCUCCCUCAACACCCCAGAUGGAGUGAACUUGUAUGCUUGGCAUGUCAUGCCCUUGCCAGCCUAUCUGAAGCAGGAAGAGAGAUUCUCAGCACAGAGGCCCGGCUUUUGCGAGGACUUCACCCAGACCGAGUCUUUCAAGGCGCUUAAGGAGGACCCUGAAGCCCGCAACGCCGGAGAUAUCGCGCAAAACCACCGUCCUGACAGUUACCAUGUCAUCACUGACACCUCUUCCUACCACGUGUUGGCAAUCGAUUAUCGCGGCUUCGGUCACUCCACAGGCACUCCCUCUGAAGACGGCCUUAUCCAAGAUGCGGCUACUCUGAUUGACUGGGUCAUUAAUGUUGCCGGCGUCUCCUCAGACCGUAUCGUCCUUCUCGGCCAGAGCCUGGGCACUGCCGUGACCAGCGGCGUCGCGGAGCUAUACGCCUCCCAGGGCAUCGAAUUCGGUGGAGUCAUUCUCGUCGCAGGCUUCAGUAACUUACCCAAGAUGCUCAGUGGCUACAAGAUCGGCGGACUCUUCCCCGUUCUGGGCCCUCUGAAGGUCUGGCCUGGAUUCUUGGGGUACAUGGAGACCUUCAUCUACGACAAGUGGCCGUCGGCUGACAGGCUUGAGAGCCUGGUGAAGCUGACCAAGCGAAGGCUACGCCUAACUCUGAUAUCUGCCAAGGACGACUCGGAUAUUCCCUGCGAGGAGAGCAGCAAGCUGUUUCGGGCUGCGGCUAAUGCCACUGUUGAUGGCGGGCUGAGCGACCAUGCCUUCGAGUCUUGGAAGGAGGUACGGACGAUUCACAAGGGCAAGAACGCAUUCGUCACGACAUGGCAUGCGGACCACAAUAUCAUUAUUCGACAAGAAAUGUUCCCAUACGGAGGACACAACGACAUCAUGGGAUAUGCACCCGUAAUCCUCGCAGUAAUGCGGUCUUUCGAUCUUGCAGGCACUGCGUAUGAUGCUGCUGGCUCUGACACCAGCAGCCGAACAUUCACAAACAUGCCUGCCGAGGAGUCUAAGCCCCUCGACCCUGCCGUCAAGCAGGCCGAGGACGCCGUCGCCGAGGCGGAGAACAAGGGCAAGGGCAAGGAGCCCGAGGUCGAGUCGGAGGAGGAGGAGGACGAUGCGCCCGAGGAGGCCGGCGCUCCUGCCUCCGGUGGCGCCAAGAAGAAGAAGAAGAAGUCCAAGAGAAAGAAGGUCAAGGAAGCUCUGACCGGCAAGCCCAGCGACCCCGAGCAGCAGAUCCGCGAUGCGAUCGGCGGGCUCACGCCCCAGCAGCUCACCGAGCUGCUGGCGCUGAACCCCGCCCUCGCGAACGAGAUUGGCGCCAGCGGCUCCGGCAACCAGUCGGCGGAGCAGACGGCCAAUGCGCUCAAGCAGCUUAACCUGCAGGACAUCAUGACCGGCCUGGCCUCGGCUGGCAAGAACGCGAAGGACAUGGCGAGCUACAAGUUCUGGGCCACGCAGCCCGUGCCCAAGUUCGGCGACGGCGACAAGAAGAUCGAGGAGGGCCCGAUUCGCGUCCAGAAGGUCGAGGACGUCCCCAAGGAGCCGGCGCCAAUGGUCAGCGGCUUUGAGUGGGUUACAAUGAACCUCGAGGACGAGGGCGAGAUGAAGGAGGUGUACGAGCUGCUGAACGGACACUACGUCGAGGACGACGAGGCCAUGUUCCGUUUCAACUACUCUCCUGCCAUGCUGCAAUGGGCCCUGAUGGCUCCUGGCUGGCGCAAGGAGUGGCACGUUGGUGUGCGCGCUUCUCAGUCUCGCAAGCUGGUCGCCUUUAUCUCAGCCAUCCCCGUUAACCUGCGCGUGCGCAAGAACGUCAUCACCUGCUCCGAGGUCAACUUCAUGGUUGUCCACAAGAAGCUUCGCGGCAAGCGUCUGGCGCCCGUCCUGAUUAAGGAGAUUACCCGCCGCAGCAACCUGCGCGAGAUCUGGCAGGGUCUGUACACUGGUGGUGUCGUUCUGCCCAAGCCCGUCAGCACCUGUCGCUACUUCCACCGCGCCAUCAACUGGCAGAAGCUGUACGAGGUCGGCUUCAGCCCGCUGCCUGCCAACAGCAAGCCCCAGUUCCAGAUCCGCAAGUAUGCGCUGCCCGACAACACGUCGACCAAGGGCCUGCGCGAGCUGCAGGAGAAGGACAUUGAGCAGGCGAGCGCCCUUCUGGACAAGUACCUCGCCCGCUUCGAUAUGGCGCCCCAGUUCUCCAAGGAGGAAUUCAAGCACUGGUUCCUGCAUGACAAGGAGAAGGGUGGCGAGCAGGUCAUCUGGACCUACGUUGUUGAGAAUAACGGCAAGAUAACCGACUUCUUCUCCUUUUACUGCCUCGAGUCUACGAUCAUCAACAGCACCAAGCACCAGGUCAUCCGCGCCGCCUACCUCUGGUACUAUGCCUCCGAGAUCGGCACUACCCAGCCUCUCGACAAGGAGGCACUCAAGCCGCGCCUGAACUCGCUCAUCGGCGACGCUCUCAUCCUGGCCAAGAAGCACAGGUUCGACGUCUUCAACGGCCUGUCCCUCCUCGACAACGGCCUCUUCCUGGAGCAGCAGAAGUUCGGACCCGGUGACGGCCAGCUGCACUACUACCUCUUCAACUACCUAGCGGCCCCCAUUGCUGGAGGCGUCGACAGACGUAACAAGCUGGACGAGGAGAACCUGAGCGGCAUUGGUUUGGUGAUGUUGUAA